AUGGCCUUGGCCCAUGAGUGUGAGAACGCCAGCGGGAGUUUACAGGACUGCCCAGGCAAGGCUGACGAUGGCGCGGGGAGUCCCCUCAAGGUAGAAGGCUGCUCCAGUGCCAUCUCCAGCCCUGGUCCGACGAAGCUGAUCUUGGACUCCCCCCUUGGCGGGGUGGACAUUCCGAAGCUCUCCCUGACGCCGCAAAAGUGGGCUUCAUCGGCCAAGGGCCGCUUCACUCCACGGAGCCGGCCCUCCCCGCAAUCGGUGCAGUCGCGGAUCAGGCCUUCUCCGGGCGCGCAGCAAGAGGGCCGAG